AUGGACGAGCCGCCAAUCAAGGUCACGCUCACCGACAUGAAAGACAGCCUCGAGUUCAUUCGCCUGAUACAAGAAGCGAUGCUCGACGGUAGCAACCUCUCUGUGGAAGUCAUCGACCGCAUUCGCAACCCACCUCAAGAACCCCUCAAGAUUGACGAUCCAGACAUUCUCUAUUGGGUAGAAGUAUACAUGGCGGUCGGCAACGCUUCAGAAGAGUCGUAUCUCGCUAUUCGAGCCGCCACUAUGCAUCGCUUUCCUCAGAUGAAGGCACUUAGCCUGUACAAGGUCAAGAAGGAGAUCGAGAAAAUGUCUGGGGUUGUAGGGCAAAUCGACGAGAUGUGCAUCAACAGCUGUAUAGGCUUCACCGGGCCAUUCGCUGCCCACAACCACUGUCACAAGUGCGGCCAGCCCCGGUACUGUCCAGUCAAGCUCGCCGCCGGGAAAAAGGUUCCUUGGCAGAAGUUUGUCACUAUGCUGCCGGGCCCCCAGGUGCAAGCUGUCUACCGGUCAGAGGAGGGCACUGAUGAUCUAGGCUGGUUCCACAAGGCGGUGUGCGAGAUCAUUGCAUCUACGCCUCUCGGGGCGCCCUCUCUCUCGAAAUACUACGAUCUAGUCUCGAGCACGGAGCUCCUACGUCUGGUAGCUGACGGCACUCUUGGUCCACACGACGUCAUUCUCAUGCACUCUAUCGAUGGUGCUCAGCUCUAUCGGAACAAGAAGUCUGACUGCUGGAUCUCUCUGUGGGUCCUUGUCAGCAUCAGUCCCGACAAACGAUACAAGAAGGUCUACAUUCUCCCUGGCGCUAUCAUCCCUGGCCCGAAGCACCCUGAGGUCCUGGACUCGUUCCUCUUUCCUGGGUUCUAUCACAUAUCUGCGCUUAUGCGUGAGGGUCUCAACGCUUACCAUGCUCGUCUUCAGGCUCGCAUUGUCUCGAAGCUGUUCCUCGCUCUUGGCACUGCUGAUGGACCCGGCAUGGCUAUGUUCGAGGGCACUGUCGGGCACCACGGCAACCUCGGCUGCCGUGUACUUUGUGGUCUACCGGGACGGCACAAGCCGGGGUGCCCGCACUACUACCCUGCACUCCUCAAACCACUGGGUGAUCCUGUACCUGGCUGUGAUCAUAACGACAUCUCUCUCGCAUCGAUACCGCUACCGUCUGUUCAGGCCUACCAACGCAAUCUGCAGCUACUCUUGUCAGCACGGAGCGAAGCGCAAUUCAAGCAGUUACGCAAGGCGACUGGUCUCUGCAAGCCCAGUAUCGUCUCCGGACUUCCGCGCGCACUCCCCGUACCCACUUGCUUUCCUCUCGACAUGAUGCACCUUACCUGUCUGAACCUCCCCGACCUGUUCCUAAGUCUCUGGCGCGGCACGAUCCAGGGAAGCAUCGAGUCCGACCCAAAAACCUGGGACUGCGCUGUCUUAGCUGGCUCUGACGUAUGGACGGCGUAUGGGGUGCAAGUCAAGCGUGCAACAUCGUACCUCCCUGGCUUCUUCGAUCGCGCUUCACGCAACAUCACCGAGAAGGUCAACAGCGGGUACAAAGUGAUUGAGUUUAUGACAUGGUUCUACAACUAUCUGCCGGCAAUGCUCCGCUGGCUUCUCCCGGAGGCUUACUGGCUCCAGCUGUGCAAGCUCGUGCGCGGGGUCAAAAUCCUCUACGCGGAGGACAUCCUUCCGGAGGAGCUAGUCGAAUCCAAGGAACUGUUGACUGGGGCUGUCGAAGAAUACGAGGCGCUCUACUAUGCUCGGGACCCAGAUCACCUACACAUUGUCCGACCAUGCAUACAUCUUGUCUGGCAUGGCCCUGACCAGGUCAUCCUGCUCGGAUCGGUUAAAACCUGCACGCAACUCCCAACUGAGCGGCUCAUUGGUGACCUCGGGUGCGAGAUCAAGCAGCCCUCCAACCCUUUCAUGAACCUCUCUCAGCGCGCUCUUCGACGAUGCCAAAUCAAUGCGGUCAAGUCAAUGUUACCCUACCUUGAUCGUGCUCGACAGAAGCUAAAUGUCCUGCCUCGCGCCGCGAAGGACCUGGGCGACGGCUAUGCGCUGCUUCGGAAACUCGACACCUGCGCGCGGACUCUCCCUGCCUUGGAGGCGGCUGCUUUCUAUGACUAUCUGUCUGUCUGGGAACCCGAGAGCUGCGAGGGCGAAGAGCGCGAGACCUUCACAUGCAAGGUUCGCAAAUGGGCGCGAAUGCACGUGCCAAAUGGGACCGCAGUCCGGUCUGCCUGGACAGAGCAUGAGAAGCCCUUGUCCCAGCUGCGGCUUGGGCGGGUUGUCAAGGCAAGAAUGCACACGGACUGCUACUACAUCAAGAUAGGCGAUGUGCAAUACUUCACUCGCAUCGGCCGUGCGGAGCAAGCGGUUGCACUCGUAUCAGUCUUCAGACCACGGGACGAAGAUCUAUACCAGCGUUCAUUCAAAACAGUCGAGCUCCACGAGUACCGCGGCGACGAGUCACUCUGUGUCAUAAACGCGAAGACUAUCGAGACGGGGAUUGGUAUGAUCCCAGAUGUGAUGCCGGUGGUUGACUUUGCAUUAGAAUUCGGUCACUUACAUGUCGGAGAGAAGUAUUUUGUUGCCGACAAGCUCGGGUUCGAGGUGAAGGUGACGGUGCCGGGGGAUAUUGAUUUGGAUAUGGACGUCGACUAG